AUAGAUGGAAUAGAAAUUCGGGAUUGCAAGAGGACUCGAGUCUCAACUUUUUGGUCCCGCGGCAUUACAACAGAUUACUAAUCGGAUUACAAAUGGCACUGGCUUGAGAGGUCCUUGGCACAGAACAUCGACACCAUCCUCGACGACGACGACGACGGCCAAGACGCUUCUAGCCCCCCUCAGCCAGCCAUGUCCCACCCAGGCCCACGCCGUGCCCAGACAUACGACCCCUACGCCCAGUCCCACGAGCAAGUGUACGCCGGCACAGAAGAGCCCAGCGCGAGCCGGAGCAAAAGCAUGCGCAACCAAGGUGAGUGCAUGAUGCAGGGGGCAGACACGCUGUGUGAGGGGAUGUGGUAGUGCGGGGAUGUGUAGGGGUAGCGGGGAGAGAGUGUCGUGCGGCCGUGCGAGAUCGCUUGGAAACCUGCCACUGCGCACUGCUCCAUGAUUGUAUGCUCACCCCCAGCAGCGAUGGCCCCCGAGCUCGACCCGAACGAUCCCCCGCUGCCCUCCUACCAGGCCCUCAUGGACUCUGAGAACGGUGGUGCUCCCCUCUCCCCGGCACAACAUUCAGACCACGACCCAUACGACUACCACCGCCACAGCCGCUCCCCGUCUCUGAACACCCCCUACGCCCCCGUCGACUACGGCCUCCCCACCUCCGCAUACCCUGCCACCCACCACGGCCACGGCGAGUCGUACUCGAACGACACUUCCCCCGACCCGAACGCCUACAACCGUCACUCGGCCGCAUCCCUGGGGCGCCGGCCCAUCUCUGACCCAAACUCUAUCGAUUUUCACAAUCUCUCAAUCACCCCUGCCGUACCGCCCAACCCCGUGGCGAGACACAAAACUGCUCCAUCGCAUCCCCACCCGCAGUACAGAACCGCCCCUUUCCCCAGGCAGCAGAGAUCUACAACGGGAGGCUAUCCGAUGGACGUAGAUGGCGCAGCGAGUGUCUACAGUUUGGACUCGGGGAUGGGGGCGUAUGGUGGUGCGGGACAGCAUCGGCAGCAGCAGCAGGGAGGCCAGGGCUAUGGCGGGUACGCGCCAGUGCAGUCGGAUUACCACAACCCAUACUACUCUGCCGCCAGCGACGUCCUUGGCCUGCCCCCGCCUCCUCCCCAAGAACAAUCCUUCGCUUCGUCUUCCACCUCCCUUCCUCAUACUAGCCAGCCACAUCCUGUGGUCACCCGGCAACAAUCCGUCCCUUCACUCGUGCGCUCCAACACGGCGGCGACCAACAUGUCGAGCGCAUCUUCCAUGUCGAUACCGCCCGUUCCUGCGCUGCCCCGCGUCACAGAACAAGUCGGGGCGUCGUCUACACGGAGACGGGGGACACAGGCUGCGGUCGAUCUGAACAAGCCGCCCUAUACAAAGCAAUAUGUGGACGAUUACAGAAAGAGGAUGAAGGACGACCCGGAUCCCGAGGCGCAGUUUGCGUUUGCAAAGUAUCUCAUCGAAGCCGCGAAAAAGCUCGGAGACGAGAUCAGUCACAGCGACCAAAAGCUGGGGAGGAAAUAUCGAGACAGUCUUCUUGCCGAGUCUCUGCGCAACGUCAAAAAGCUUGCUGAAGGCAAAGAACCCUACCCCGAUGCCCAAUUCUUCCUCGCCAACUUGUACGGUACAGGCCAGCUCGGCCUCGCCGUUGACCACGAAAAGGCAUACUACCUGUAUCUCAUGGCAUCAAAGCACAAUCACCCCGCUGCGACGUAUCGCUCUGCCGUGUGCAACGAGAUUGGUGCUGGUACGCGGAAAGACCCCGGGCGUGCCGUGCUGUUUUACCGCAAAGCAGCCGCCCUGGGCGACACUGCAGCCAUGUACAAGCUCGGUAUGAUCCUCCUCGGGGGGCUACUGGCGCAACCUCGGAAUGUCCGCGAAGCCAUCGUCUGGCUCCGGCGCGCUGCUUCACAAGCCGACGAAGACAAUCCCCAUGCCUUGCACGAACUCGCCCUCCUCCACGAGCGUCCUGGCGGCACGGCCGGUGUCCUCCCGCAUGACCCUGCUAUGGCUUGUCAGCUGUUUACACAAGCGGCCCAGCUGGGGUAUGCACCAGCGCAGUUCAAGCUGGGGCAGAGCCACGAGUUUGGGCACAUGGGUUGCAUGAUUGACCCGAGGAGGAGUAUUGCGUGGUAUACGAGAGCGGCGGAGAAGGGGGAUAGCGAGGCGGAAUUGGCGUUGAGUGGAUGGUAUUUGACCGGGAGUGAGGGCGUUCUGAAACAGUCAGAUACAGAAGCGUACUUGUGGGGAAGAAAGGCCGCCAACAAGGGCCUCGCGAAAGCCGAAUACGCUGUUGGAUAUUACACAGAGAUCGGAAUUGGAGUCAAGCAAGAUAUGGACCACGCCAAGCGGUGGUACAUGCGCGCUGCUGCCCAACAACACAAAAGGGCAAUGCAGCGCCUCACUGAGCUCAACAACCAAAAGAACGUCAAAGGCAAGAAAGGCGCCCGGCCCACAAGGGACGACGCCUCGAGCGAGUGUAUUGUCAUGUAGCAACCGCCCAGCAUUUUCCAGCAUUGUACCCCUCCGUCUCUAGUUUCUGGUCUUACGGCUAGACGUGAACAAGAUAAUGAUGUUUCUUGCUGUUGAUCGGCAGGGCCGAUGAGGAGAGUAGGGCAUCAUUAGAACAAGAGAGAUAACAACCAAAACCUCUUCAUACACGUGUACAUAUUUGGGUUCUCUUCCUUCCUUCUUGGAUUACAUAGCACAGUACCCUAAACAGUGGUCUUUAUAUUAUUACAAUCAUCCAUGCUCAUGUGGUAGUGAUGCAUUG